AUGAUCGCAGUGUUGGUCGAGGCCGAGCCGGCGCCCCAGGGCGAUCCCAACGAUCCCUCCUCCACCGACGCCUGGAAGCCCGUGCAGGGCAAUAACCUCCUCGGGCAGACCGUGUCAUCUUUGCAUCGUUUGAAAGACGUGAACAACGCUGAUGGCGGCUACUUCGUUUUCGGCGACAUCUCGUGCAAGCGCAUCGGCUUCUAUCGAUUGCAGUUCAACCUGUUCGACUUCCAGAACGGAGAGGCGGUUUUUGUCAAGAGCACGGUCUCCGAGCCCUUCCAAGCAGUUGUCUCAUCCAAAGAGUUUCGCGGUCAACGAGAAUCGACGCCCCUUUCACGCACCUUUUCAGACCAGGGCGUUCGCCUGAGAUUGCGCAAAGAGCAACGCGUC